GAUUGCCAGUCAUUGCAUGGUGACAUUCCUCAGAAGCAAAGAGAGAUCACCCUGAAAGGUUUUAGAAAUGGUACAUUUAAAGUUCUGGUUGCCACCAACGUGGCUGCACGUGGUUUAGAUAUCCCUGAAGUAGACCUGGUUGUACAAAGCUCACCACCAAAGGAUGUGGAGUCCUAUAUCCAUCGUUCGGGACGCACUGGUCGAGCUGGACGGACUGGGAUCUGUAUCUGCUUCUAUCAGCGGAAGGAAGAAUAUCAGCUAAGAUACGUGGAGCAAAAAGCGGGUAUUACAUUCAAGCGUGUCGGUGUUCCUACUGCAACAGAUAUAAUAAAGGCUUCCAGCAAAGAUGCUAUCAGGUGUCUGGAUUCUGUUCCUCAAACUGCUAUUGAGUAUUUCAAAGAAUCUGCUCGGUUCCUGAUACAAGAAAAGGGACCAGUUAAUGCUCUGGCUGCAGCUCUUGCCCACAUUUCAGGUGCUACUUCCAUUGAGCAGCGCUCCUUGCUGAACUCAGAUGCGGGGUUUGUUACAAUGAUACUGCACUGCUCAGAAGAAAUAAACAACAUGAGCUACGCUUGGCGAAGACUGCGGGAGCUGUUGGGAGAGGAUGUUGAUAGGAAGGUGAACAGGAUGUGUUUCCUCAAGGGGAGAAUGGGUGUGUGCUUUGAUGUUCCUGCAGCAGACCAAAAGGAAAUUGAG